AUGACUAACCCACAACGCGUUAUGGAUUGGUAUAACCACAAUGCCGCUCUGGAGCACGAUCGACUUAAUGCCUGUCGUCUUGAAUUUUCGAUUUCAAUGAGGAUCUGGGAGGAGGCACCGGCCGAUAUGUCGAUAUGUCAAGCUGUCGAGCUUGCGCGAAAUGGCCAAUCUGUUACUCUCGUCGAUAUAUCGCAGUCAGAGCUCGACAUGGCAAAGUCCUUCGCUACCGAGUCCGGCGUAACUAUAGAUGCCAUUGUCCGGGCUGAUGCGCGAGCCAUACAGCUACAUCCAGAUAAGGACGAUCCUAAAGCACCACGUCAUCAUAUGAUCUGA